GUGCGCACGCACGUGAAAAGAAAUGUCUACACUAUUGUGUCAUGUCAAUGAAGUUUGUUUCUUUUAUUAAUAUUCGUCCUUGAAUGACAGGAAGAUAAAUACAAAUCAUGCCUCAAUUUUGUAGCAGUUGCCAUUUAAAGGUUUCACACGAUUGAUGAAUUUUUAUUUCUUUUUUAAUUUAUAUUGAAACAUUUUUAUUUAUGUUAAAAAGCUGGUGUGCGGUGUGGGAAAAGUGGAGUAAGCUAUUCAAUUUAUUAACAUUAUCAGGAUGGAUGAUUCUCAAGAAGCACUUCGAAUACCAAGUAUAAUGGAAAAGCAGACACAAUUACAUCUCCAUGUGGAACGUCCAUUGUAUGAGCAGAAUGUUUUAAAUGAAAUUUACAAUUAUGAGAAACCAAGAGCAACCAUUACUUCUAAAUUUAAAAAAACAAUGACUCCAAAUAAUUUUAAAACAUAUGCGGCAAAUACAAUACCAGUGGUUAGAUGGCUGAAAAAUUAUAAUUGGAAAGAAGACAUAAUGAGUGAUAUAAUUUCCGGUAUUACUGUUGCAAUUAUGCACAUUCCUCAAGGCAUGGCUUAUGCCAUGUUGGGCAAUGUACCUCCAGUUGUUGGAAUUUAUAUGGCAUUUUUUCCCGUACUUAUUUAUUUUUUUUUGGGAACAUCGAAACACGUGUCUAUGGGAACUUUUGCUGUUGCGUGCCUCAUGACGGGUAAAGUUGUAACAGCUUUAUCAAAUGCAGAUAGUACUUUAUCAAAUAAAAAUUUGACGACUUUGUCAAAUGAAAAUCAAUCACUUAAUUCUCAAGGUGGCUAUACAAAUAUACAAGUGGCCACUUCCGUUACCUUCAUGGUUGGAUUAAUACAGCUGUUGAUGUAUGUGUUUCGAUUGGGAGUUAUAAGCACACUUUUAAGUGAGACCUUCGUCAAUGGCUUCACAACUGGAGCAGCUAUUCAAGUUCUUAUUUCUCAAUUCGCUGACCUCUUUGGUGUCAAAUUGCCGAAACGAACGGGAUAUUUUCAGGCUGUGCACACUCUUAUAGAUUUAUUUAUUCGUUUGCCAACUAUGAAUUUUGCUGCUCUCACCAUAUCAUCAGUUUCAAUUAUUAUUAUGGUUUUCAAUAAUGAAUUGUUGAAACCUCGUGUUAGUAAAUUAUGUAAUUUUCCAAUUCCAAUUGAAUUGAUAGCGGUAAUUAGUGGAACGUUAAUAUCAACUUAUUGCAAUCUUUCAUCAGUCUAUGAAAUUCGAACCGUUGGACAUAUUCCAACUGGACUUCCAAAUCCUGAGAUACCAAGUUUUGAAUUACUGUCAACUGUUGCCUUGGAUAGUAUUGCAGUGACAAUGGUUUCUUAUACAGUCACAAUGUCAAUGAGCUUGAUAUUCGCUCAAAAACUUCAAUACGACGUUGAUUCAAAUCAGGAAUUAUUUGCAAUGGGAGCAGGAAAUAUUUUUGGAUCAUUUUUCUCUUGUAUGCCAGUUUCGGCGUCACUUAGUAGAUCAUUAAUUCAACAAACAGUUGGAGGAAAAACUCAAUUAGCUAGUGUUGUUUCCUGUUUUUUGUUACUUUGCAUUCUUUUAUGGAUUGGUCCAUUUUUCGAGCCUUUACCAAGAUGCGUGUUGGCCUCUAUUAUUGUGGUCGCCUUGAAAGGAAUGUUACUUCAGGCAAAAGCAUUGACGAAAUUUUGGAAAUUGAACAAAAUUGAUGGAAUUAUUUGGAUUGUAACUGUGCUCUCUGUAGUUUUAAUUGAUUUAGAUAUUGGAUUAUUAGUGGGACUUUUAAUGUCACUAGCAAGUGUUUUAUUGCAAAGUGUCAAAUCAUACACUUGCGUUUUAGGAAAUGUACCAAAUACUGACUUGUACCUGGACCAAAAUCGCUAUCAAGGAACAAAGGAAAUCAGUGGAAUAAAAAUAAUUCACUAUGCGGGAAAUUUGAAUUUUGUCACCGAAAGACAAUUUCGUAGUGAAAUUCAACAAGCCAUUGGUAUUGUUCCAAGAAAAAUUUUAAAACGUAGAAUAAAAUUAUCAAAACGAGGCUUAUACUUAACUGACGAUGACUGUGAUAGUUUGGAUGUGCAAUUUAUAAUAAUUGAUAUGAGCGCAUUAACUUACAUUGAUCCGACUGGCGUUAAAACAUUGCGAGAUAUUGUUGAUGAAUAUUGUCAAAUUGAAAUUCCAGUUUAUCUUGCUGCCUGUACGGUAUCGGUAUUUGACAAUAUACAAAAAUGUGAUAUUUACGAAAAAGGGAAGCCUAGUUUUAGAAUUUUCGCAACGAUUCACGAUGCAGUAUUUUAUUCCCAACAAGAACAUUCACAAAGGCCACUUCCAUAAAGAUAAUGGUGUCCAAGACAGUGCAUUUUUUUUUUUAUCAAGAAAUGCUGACAGUCGCAGUAACGAUUUUAGAUAAUUUUUUUUUUUUAGGACUCAAUUUGAUACAGUGAUCAAAGUGUUUCGCGUACAGAGCGACAACGCAUGUUUCAUUUUUUUUUUUUUUUUUAAACGUAUAUAAACUUCCGUGUACAAAGAUUUGUAUAAAGAAUAUAGACUUAUAUUUUUUAUGAAGCAUCAACAAAAAAGAAUCUCAAUAUUAUAAAAAAAAAAAAAAAAAAAUUACUGUAAAACUCAGGAGAAGAAAAUAAUAAUUAUAUAUUAAUGUUAAGAUUAAAAAAAAAGUUAAUCAUUUCACUCAAAAUAAAUCCUUAUUACUUAAGAAAUAUGAAUUUUUUGCAAAAGCAAAAAAAAAAAAAAAAUAGAAGAGUGCGGAAGUUUCAUAAAACAUAACAUUUUUUCGUGUAUUAUUCUUUCCAAUAGAUCACAGUUUUUUGCAUUUUACUUUUGACUACAUUUUCAAACAAUAAUAAUAUGAAAAAUGUCGUCAAGUUCAAUAUGCAUUAACUUCACAAAGAUAUCCUCCCUUUUAAUGAUUGUUUUCAUUUUCUUUUUUUGUUUUUUCUAUUUUUUAUAUAAACUUUCAUUAACUCUGAAGCGUUAGACAAUAUUGAUCCACGUUGAUGGGAAAUUGAAACGCUUUAAAAUAAAAAUUAAAACAUUAACACCAGUUUUUAGGAAAUGAAUAAACUCAAUUGACACCAGCUUUCGGAAAGAAAAAAGAAAAUCAAUAUUGUAAAAUCUUGGCUAAUUAUAUGCUCUAAUUCUAAAACAACAUCAAAAAUUACGAGAACUUUUUUCAAAAUCUACGUUAAUAAUAAUAAUAAUAAUAAUAAUAAUAAUAAUAAUAAUAAUAAUAGUAAUAAUAGUAAUAGUAAUAAUAUUAUUAUUAAUAACUAGUUAUUAAUAAUAGUAAUAAUAUUAAUUGAACAUUUUGAACUUUUACAGGAAGUUAAGUUUAAUUCGAAAUGAAUCUUUUCAUUUUUAAUUCAUAUUUAGCAGUUUCUGAUCUCAUUAGUGGUUAUUCAUAAAAUAUUAACCGGUCUCUGUUAAAUCACUUCUAUAGGAUUGAAUAAAUUAAAAAAUUAUGCUUUAUAAGGUAACUUUCACCAGUAACAAAUUUUGUCGAAAAAAUUCGUUUUAGAAAUCAUAGAUUUUCAAAAUCAUUAUAAAAUAUUUUUUUAUUUAAAAUGAAAAUUAAAUAAUUAUUUUUAUAUAAUUUUCAAAAUUAAAAAUAUUUUUGUACCAAUUGUUUAUUCUUUCUAUAAAGAAAAUUUAAUUAUCCUUUUUAAUUCUUAAAAGAAAAUUAAAAAAUUCGUAAACGUUUAUAUGAGAUUAAUCUCUAAUAAAACGAAAAUUGAUUAAAACAUAAAAAAGAAUUAAAAACUUCCAUUUAAACUUUGUAAUUUCUAAAACUUGCAAUGUUUUUAAAACAUUAAUUAAUAAAAUUAAAAAAAAAAUACCGGGACAUUGUUUUGAAUCUCUAGUUUUCUAGUAUUCUCUCUUUUUUUGACAGUCAAUGUCGCUAGUAAAAUACCCUAAAAACAUUGAAUUUACAUAAAAUCUCAUUAUACAAUCAAAAUUAAUUGAGAUUCUGGGAAUUAUUUUUUAAUAACUAAAACCUAGAUAAACGAUCGCUGGCCGAAUCGUUAAUUAUAAUAUCAUUUUGUGUGUAUAUGUGUGAAAACUCAUAAAAGCAAAAAAAAAAUUUGCUUUUUCGAGGAUAUUUUACUAAAUAGUUUUUAGAUUUUUUUUUUUUAUACUGAAUAAUUUAUAUAUCUGGCGACAUGUUUGACACGGAACAAAAUAUUAAGAACACAUGGAAUUCAACCCACACCUAGAAUGUGUUUUUUUUUCAAAAAAAAGAAAA